AUGCCCUUUCAAGCGCUGCGUAACGUUAAAGACGCUAUGAUACACAUCUUAGCUCACGGCGGAUUGUACGACCAGGCUCGAGCUUACGUCACGUACGCCAAGGUGCUAUCGGCCAACACGCAAAAUCAGACUGCCGAGACGAAAAAGUACAUGAUGAUGGAGGCCAUAAAACAUUUGCAAAAGGCCAAAAAAAUACUAGAAAAGCUAGAAGCUAACGACAGAUUAAAGAGCACACUGUAUCUCUUGAGUGUUUUUUAUAACGAGAUCGGUAUGCACGACGAGCGCAACAAGUGUGCCUUUGAAUUCAAACAGCUAGACCAGCAGUUCCCUAUGGAUAGAAAUCAUGUUAUUUUGUUUUGA